ACCAAUGAAGUGAACGAAUUUGAAGUGGGUGUACGCUUUUUGGAUGAACUUGGCCAAUACUAUCUGGAAAUGAAACAAAAAGAUAUCAAGCAUGCGGUGGCCGGCCUUAUGGUUGAAAUCCUUCUUCCUGUUGCUGCCGCAGCAUAUCCGUUGCUAACAUGCUUAUUAUGUAUCAGUCAAAGCAAAUUUUUCCUGACGAAUUGGCCACAGUUCCUUAAUUCUACACUUGCUAGUCUAAAAAACAAGGAUUCCAAAGUAUCACGAGUUGCUUUGGAAUCGCUUUAUCGUCUUCUCUGGUACGUACAUUUUUUGUUCCGAUCCCAUCUGCCAUCACUGUUUUUCAGGGUGUAUGUAAUUCGAAAUAACUGUGAAGGCAAUACAGCAACACGGAAUCGUCUGGAAUCAAUUUGCAACUCGCUUUUUCCGAAAGGCAAUCGAGCUGUGGUACCACGUGAUGCACCGCUUAAUAUAUUUCAUCUGCCAUCGCUGUCUUUCAGGGUGUAUGUAAUUCGAAAUAACUGUGAAGGCAAUACAGCAACACGAAAUCGUCUGGAAUCGAUUUGCAACUCGCUUUUUCCAAAAGGUAAUCGAGCUGUGGUGCCACGUGAUGCGCCGCUCAAUAUAUUUGAAAUCAUUUUCGAUUUGUUGGGUUGUAACAGGGCGCACAGUGUUCUGAAAAGCUCACUGUAUCCGGAACGAAUGAAUAUUGGAAUACGUGCCCUGAUGGUUAUAGCGAAUAGUUUACAACAAAAGGAGGGCCCACCCGAAAUGCCACGUUCGAUGGGAAUUAGUAGAAUUAUUGAUGCGAAUGAAUAUGCACAUUGA